GAUGAGGGAGGUGAGGCUGCUGGGAGCACUGCUGGCCUUGGCUGGCCUGCUACAGGUGGCCCUGUCUCUGAGAAUUGCAGCCUUCAACAUCCGGACUUUCGGGGAAACCAAGAUGUCCAAUGCCACUCUCUCCAAAUACAUUGUGCAGAUCCUGAGUCGCUAUGAUAUCGCCCUCGUCCAGGAGGUCAGAGACAGCCACCUGACAGCCGUGGGGAAGCUGCUGGACGAACUCAAUCAGGAUGCACUGGAUAUCUACCACUACGUAGUCAGUGAGCCGCUGGGACGUAGCAGCUACAAGGAGCGCUACCUCUUUAUAUACAGGCCUGAUCAGGUGUCUGUGCUGGACAGCUACUAUUAUGAUGAUGGCUGCGAGCCCUGUGGGAAUGACACCUUCAGCAGAGAGCCAGCCAUUGUCAAGUUCUCCUCCCCAUUCACAGAGGUCAGGGAAUUUGCCAUCGUGCCCCUGCACGCAGCCCCCACAGAUGCAGUGGCUGAGAUUGACGCUCUCUAUGACGUCUACCUAGAUGUCAGGCAGAAGUGGGACAUGAAGGACAUCAUAUUGAUGGGUGACUUCAAUGCGGGGUGCAGCUAUGUGACCCCCUCCCAGUGGCCAUCCAUCCGCCUGCGUAUGCACUCUGCCUUCCAAUGGCUGAUUCCUGACUCAGCUGAUACCACGGCUACUUCCACGCACUGUGCCUACGACAGGAUUGUGGUCUCAGGAACUCAGCUCCAAGGCGCCAUUGUUCCAGACUCAGCUGCUCCCUUUGACUUCCAGGCUGCUUAUGGCCUGAGUGACCAGCUGGCCCAAGCCAUCAGUGACCACUAUCCAGUGGAGGUGACACUGAAGUGAGC